AUGACAUGUCAGAAGAACAUAUCAGAAUUCAUUCUCAUGGGUCUUUCUUCAAGCCAGAGCAUACAAGCUUUUUGCUUCAUGUUCUUCCUAUUCUGCUACCUUGCCAUCUUGUCUGGAAAUCUGCUGAUCCUUAUCUCCAUUAGAUACAGUUCUCUGUUUAACCAACCAAUGUACUAUUUCCUCAGUCACUUGUCCUCCAUGGACAUCUGUUACACCUCCUGUGUGACCCCCAAACUGAUUGGAGAUCUGCUAGUGGGAAGAAAAACCAUCUCCUAUGCUAACUGCAUGCUACAGGUCUUUGGUAUACAUUUCUUUGGCAUUAUUGAAGUCCUAAUCCUUACAGCCAUGGCCUUUGAUCGCUAUGUUGCCAUCUGCAAGCCUCUCCACUACAUGGCUGUUAUGAACAGAACCAGAUGCAAUGUUCUGAUCUUGGCCUCUUGGGUUGGUGGGGCUGCACAUUCCUUUUCCCAGUUUUCUUUGGUAAUCUGUUUGCCUUUCUGUGGCUCCAAUGAAAUUGAUCAUUACUACUGUGACAUUUUCCAUUUGCUGAAAGUUGCCUGCACUGACACCUACAUCACUGGUGUCCUGGUGGUUGCCAAUUCAGGACUAGUUGCCUUGAUAACUUUUGUUCUACUCUUUGGGUCUUAUGUUAUUAUAUUGUUCACAUUAAGGAAUCACUCAGCAGAGGGGAGACGCAAAGCUCUUUCUACAUGUGGCUCUCAUAUCACUGUGGUGAUCUUAUUCUUCGGGCCUUCAUUCUUUGCCUAUCUUCGACCUCCUACCACUUUCUCUCAGGACAAAUUCUUUGCUCUCUUUUAUACCAUCAUCGCUCCUAUGUUCAACCCCCUCAUCUAUACUCUAAGAAAUGCAGAGAUGAAAAAGGCCAUGAAGAAGAUUUGGUGUCAAAAGAUAUUUUUAGGAGAAAAAAAUAAUUGA